AUGACUUACUUCGUUACAAAAUUCAUUGCCAGCAAGCAUGUAUCUAAAAACAAAAAAAUUAGUUCAGAUCGUAACGUGCUAAUAACAAACCAUGUACAAAAUCCAUAAGGAAGUCCGCAAGCUCGUUGCUAGAGCGCGUGGCGGUCUGCCACAUAACAUUGAAAAAUGCACAGGGAUCACGGCGAGCAGCGAGACAAACGGGAGCAUCGAUGUGAACAACACUAUCCCGCGUCCGGUCUUUCAACGGCGUCUCUCAAAACGGAUUACAUCAACCAAGCAGAAGGAGAAUGAGGUGAUAUCACCGCAGACCGAUGGUAUCAUAAACUAUAUAAAUGAUUCUUGGAACAUGUUAGUGGCAGAAAAUCCAAGUGAUUCGAGCGCAAAAGAGAACAAUGCAAAUAGUCCUAAAGAAAGCAUCUUCGCCUCCUCAUCGCCGACUGUUUGGAUAGAACCCCGUAGCCCAGAGCUGGAAGACCUCAAGCCCUUCGACCUGGAAUCCUGGUGGAGUUGUCGUUUGUUCGAAAACAUUACCAAAGACCUCUAAUGAGGAGUAUCUUAAGAACAAAUAUUUGAUUAAAUUCCAAUUCAAUAGAACUACACAUUCAACACUUU